AUGGCGUGUAGAACAGCUUUCAGACCUUUAACUAGGUCUGCUAGGACGCAAUUCCAAUCCGCGUAUUCUUUAAGAUGUUUUUCCAAUUCGAUUAUUCGACAAGUCGAGCCAUCAACCACACAAUCAUCAUUCGCCGGCUCGUCAAAUAGUGAUAAUGGACGAACUACACAUUUUGGAUACGAGACAGUGCCAGAAGCAGAAAAGGAAGCUAGAGGUACGUUUUCCGCAACGUUAAUAGUGUAGUGAGUGAAUUGAAAUCUAAUGUAAAUUGUACGGCCAGUUCGGGGAGUUUUUAGUAGUGUCGCAGCCUCGUAUGAUACUAUGAAUGAUUUUAUGUCAUUGGGAAUUCAUAGGUUAUGGAAGUAUGUAUAUUCAUUUACAUUCCCUUCCCGACUCUCGCUUGUUGCAUAACAAAUACUAAUUGAGAUGCAGAGACCACUUUGUGCGCUCCAUAAACCCCGGUUUCACUCCUCCCUCCUCAUCCACAUCCGCGACCAACCCCGGCUGGAAAAUGCUAGACAUAGCCGGCGGCACCGGCGACAUUGCCUUCCGCCUGCUUGACCAUGCCACUAACAUAAACGCCUCCCCCUCCUCCACUAUAACCAUUUCCGACAUCAACCCGGAGAUGCUCGCCGAAGGGCGCAAACGUUCCCUCCAAACCUCCUACGCCCACUCCCCCCGUCUCAAUUUCCUCCUCGCUAACGCCGAAUCCCUCCCUAUGAUACCCUCAAACUCCCUAGACCUCUACACAGUUGCCUUCGGAAUCCGCAAUUUCACAAAUAAAUCCGCUGCGCUGCGGGAAGCGCACCGCGUCCUCAAACCGGGUGGUCUAUUCGCUUGUUUGGAGUUUUCGGGUGUGACCAAUCCGUUGUUCAAUGCGGUUUAUAAACGUUGGAGUUUUGGCGCCAUACCUUUGAUUGGUCAAUUGGUGGCGGGGGAUAGAGAUAGUUAUCAAUAUUUAGUGGAGAGUAUUGAGAAGUUUCCUAAACAGGAGGAUUUUAGAGAUAUGAUCAAGGAGGCUGGGUUUGUGGUUCCUGGGAAGGGAUGGGAGGAUUUGACGGGUGGAAUCGCAGCGAUCCACAAGGGAGUUAAACCUUUAGAAAAGUAAGUUAGUAGGGGACUAUCAUAUUUACUGGACUGUAGUGAAAAGCAUUUGUGAUGUGGAUGCCACCAUGAGGUCGAAUUAUCCAAACUCACUGCAGGCAGCUUAGCAGUAUGUGAGAAGACAUGUAAGCCCAAGCAUGGAAACUGUAUACUUACGUUAUUGUAAUAUCACAAACGGAAGGAUCUCUAACAAACUAGACUCGCCAACCGCCACAAAAUCUCAAACAUUUACU